AUGUCGCUGGUUCAAACUUUCGGAAAGAAGAAGAACUCGACCGCCGUCGCCUCGAUCAAGGCUGGCAAGGGAUUGAUUCGCAUCAACUCCCAACCUAUCCACUUGAUCGAGCCAGAGACUUUGCGCCUCAAGGCUUACGAGCCCAUCCUCAUCGUUGGAGAGGACAAGUUCGCCAACGUUGACCUCCGCAUCAAGGUCUCCGGUGGUGGUCACGUCUCUCAGGUUUACGCCAUCCGCCAGGCUAUUGCCAAGGCUCUCGUUGCCUACUAUGCAAAGCACCAAGAUGCUGCUUCCUCUCUGGAGCUGCGUCAGCAAUUUGUAGCCUACGACCGCACUCUGCUUGUCGCCGACCCUCGUCGCAUGGAGCCCAAGAAGUACGGUGGUCGCGGUGCCCGUGCACGCAGGCAAAAGUCUUACAGAUAA